GUGUGUGUUGGUUUGAUACAGACAUUGUGCCAUUAGGCUGCGUAGAGCGACUGACUGAGAGCGGAUUAACUUGCCUUGGACUUCAAGGGAAUGUCAUUGACAGAAGCGUUCCUGGAUAUUGAACUUUUCCAAAGUGUCUUCAGUCGCGCCAUGUAGGCUACACAGUGAGCUGUACAGCAAUUUGAUUUGUCAUCGGAGUGUUCUUUACGAGCUCCACUCGGUUUCUCUCUUUUUUUUGUUUUGUUUUAUUAUUUUUUCUAUAGUGAGAGGAUUCACACAUUGAAACAAAAGUGGAUUUAACAGACGUUACGCUGUCCAUCACUUCUCCAAGAUGCUCUUGGUGUCACAGCAGCUGCUAGACACACCGCGCAUGGAGCCAAUACUGCCUGGAUCUCUGAAGAGGAAGCUGACUGGAGCGGAGGCCUCUCUGGGCGGGGGGCCGGCGCUGCUGAACGGGCUGUGCGGGGAUGUCCCCAUGACCCAGGGCAGCGCCAAGCGCCUGUGCCUGGAGGACGUCACCCUCUCCAUGGGCACCGGCUCUGGCAGCAGUGGCCCCUACCAUCAGCAGCAGCAGUCCCCCUUCUCCCACGGGCACAGCGCUGGUCAGGGAGGUAUCGGCAACCUCGGCGGCAGCAGCAGCAGCAGCGGUGCUGGUGGUGGCGGUGGUGGUGGAAGCAUCAAUGGGUUGGACUCGCCGUACAUGCCCACGAAGGCGAGCCCCGGGGGGCCAUACAGCAACAGCAGCACGGCUCCGUCCGUGGAGCAGGAGCUCCAGGACAUACUGGAGGAGCUGACCAAGAACCCGUCGGACCCGUCUCUCCCCGAGCUGGACAUCGAGAAGAUCCUGGGCAGCAAGGACGACGACGGCGGUGGCGGCGGCGGGUCCCCCGGACCCCCAGCUCCCGGACAAGGACACGGGCCGAGUGGCGCCGGCCCGGGAGCUUUCGUGCACCCCGACGGCAGCGGCACUCCCAAGCGUUCCCCACAGAGGGCCUCCCACCUGGAGGCCCACCUCACACACUCGCCAGGCUUCCCCCAGGUCGGCUCACCCCAGGUAGGCCUCAGCCCGGCCGGCGCCCCCUAUCUCUCCCACUCCUCCAAGCCGGUCCUGUCCCCGCUCUCCGCCUCCCCUUUGUCCUCGUCCUCCUCGUCGUCCUCCUCCUCCCAGGCCCAACAAAACCAGGCGCGGUCGCCCAUGCUCUCGGCGGCGCUCUCCAACCGUGCUCCAUCCGCCUGGCACGAGAUGUCCCGGGCACAGCAGCUGCAGCAUCUGGCCUCCAACAGCAACAAGCACCACCACCACCACCAGGUCGCGGUGCCACCUCCAGGGCCCGGCAACCAGGGCCCAGCACCACCACCACAUCCAUCACAUCCAUCACAUCCGCCACAUCCGCCAUCCCAAGCCGGCAUGGGCCCGGGGCCGUCCCCUUCCAGCUCCUCCUGGGCCGGUCCCUCUCCCCCUUACAGACCCGGCGGCGGCGGCGGUGGUGCUGGGGACGGUAGCAAGCUCCCCAACGCCUCGCCCAACCACCACCACCACCACCACCACCAGCCGCCCUUCAGCCCGGCGGGGGGCGGCAGCAGCAUCCAGAGCCCCCAGCAGAGCUCCUCGCUCUCCCUCUCCAGCCUGGCUGCUCCUGGUCCGGGUCCGGGUCCCGGUUCUGGCCCUGGUCCGGCUCCGUCAUCGCAGCAGGCCCAGGGCCCGUCGCCGCCCUACCGGCCCGAGAAGCUCGGCAGCCCGGCCCUGGCCGGACAGCCGCCGUUCAGCCCCGUUCAGAGCACUCUCCUGCCGCCUCCCGCUGCUGGCAGCUUACCGGGAUCGGGAGGAGGCUCGCAGCUCGCCAGCUACCUGCCCAACGUGGGCCCUUCUGCCGCCGCUGCUGCUGCCGGCGGAGGAAGGGGGGAUCAUCAUCAUCACCAUCCUGCGUCCUCCGCAUCCAGAACGCCACCGUACAGGCAAGACCCCAAACACCACGGAGGGGGUCCUGGCUCUGGGCCUGGGCCUGGGGGGCACCCUCAGCAGAACGGACUGGGCGGCGGCAGCGGCAGCAGCAGCAGCAGCAGCAACGCCGCCGUCGCCGCCAACAUGGCCAACAGCCAGCUGUUUAAAGCCAUCACCGCGCCCAGCCAUCCGCCAGCGCACCAGCCACCCAACAGCGGCACCAGCAGCCUAAAGCUCCUCAUGCAACAACAACAACAACAACAACAACAACAACAACAACAACAGCAACAACAACAGCAGCAGAACCAGACGAUAUCUGGCCAGCAGCAGUCCACACCACAGCCUCCUCCCCACCAACAGGCCGUGAUGGCUGCAGGCAGCAUGGGCAAAUCCCUCAUCACCGCUGCUGCUGCUGCUGCUGCUGCUGCUGCUGGCUCCCAAGACCCUUCCUUCUCCUUCAACAACACCAAGCCGCUGCGCCACUUCGACCCCGAGCCGGCCGCCAGCAGCAGCAGCAGCCAGCAACAGCAGCAGCAGCAGAAGAUGGCGGCGGUGGUGGCAGCAGCGGCGGCAGCUGCAGCAGCGGCAGGAGGCAGCCACCCGCAUCCGCACGCCUCACAUCCGCACCCGUCAGCUGGGCACGGGCCGAUGGGGCCGUCGUCCUAUCGCGGGCCUGGAUUGCCACAGCAGGCCCACACACCCACGCAGGCCUCGGCAGCAGCAGCCAGUCACGCCCACUUGCUACAGCAGAGAAUGCAGCAGAGGGCCGUCUGCAGAGAGGACCCGGGCCCUGGUGGGAUGCUCCCUCGUCUCCAGGACCCGUCGUCUGUUCCGAGGCCCGGCCAGAGCAGCUACAACAACAUGCUGCUGAAGACCCAGCUGAUCCGCAAGCAGCUGCUGGAGAAGCAAAGGCAGAUGGAGCAGAUGAAUGGAGCGCCGAUGACAGAUUGCCAGCAGGUGGCGCCAUUCCAAGGCGGCGGAGGACGUCCCCUGCCUGGCGAUUGCGGUGUUGGCGGCUACCCGGCACUGGGAGGCCCCCACCAGUCCAACCCCCCAUCAUCCAUGCUGACGCACGGAGGCCUCCCUGGCCCAGCCAGUAGCCGCAUGGGGCUGCCCCCCGGCCACCUGGGCCACCAGGUGGGGCCCUACAGUGCGGCAGUCAUGGCCUCCAAGCAACAAGCCCUCUACCAGCAGCAGCAGCAGCAGGCGCAGCAGCAGCAGGAGUUCGGCAUGGCCAUGCGGCCAGCGCAAAGCAUGAUGGGAAUGGGAGGUCCUCCGACGACGGCGAGGGCGGUCGGGAUGCCGGCUCACCUGGUGGCGAGUCAUCACGGGGCAGGCGUGCGGCUACCAGGGCCCCCCGGGAUGGCGGCCGGUUCCGGUGCUGGUGUCGGUGUCGGCGGCGGGAUGCCUACGCAGCACCUGCGGCAAGCUCUAAGCCAUGGCGGCGGGGGCCUGCCUCCGCGGAUGCUCCUCACUGCCCAACAACAGCAGCAGCAGCAGCAGCAGCAGGCCCAGCAGCAACACGCCCAGGCCCAGGCCCAGGCCCAGGCUCAAGCCCAAGCGCAGGCCCAGCAGCUGUGGCAGCAGCAACACGGCCCCCUCUCCCACAUGGACCCUUCCAGCCACCCGGCCAACCACCCAGGCGGCUUCCCAGGCAUGGCAGGGUGCACUGUACCCAGCUCUGCACUUCAACACCACCACCAGCAACAGCAGCAGCAGCAGCAGCAGCAGCAGGUUCUGCAGCGGACAGGCAUGCCGGGCAACUUCGGACCCCACCAGUCGGGCCUCCCUCCCCGGCCGGUUCCCCCGAGCCAGAUGCCCCCGGGCCUGGUGAACCGGCACCACAUGCAAAGACUGCCCCCGGGCGCUGCUGCUGCUGCAACUACAGGGCAACCGCUGCCCUCUAGGGCUCUGCAGGCGUCCCUGCGUCUGCGCGGACCCCUCUCCGCCAUGGCUGUCAUGAAGCCGGGCGGUGGGCCGCCGUCUAUGAUGCACCACCCGGCGCACGGCCUGGCGCCCCCCAGCUACGCGUCGUCUGCAGCAGCUGCCCACGCUGCCCACGCCCACGCCGCUGCUGCUGCUGCCGCAGGCAAGCACCCAGGCCCCCAAGCACAGGGCUACGGGGGGCCCCCACCAGGACACAACCCAGGACACAAACUGCCCCCUUACGAGCACCUGACGCCAAGCCCCCAGCAGCAUCACAGCAACGGGGGCAUGUCGGGGCUCCCCAGGGGGUCGGCGAUGGGGGUCGGUGGUGGUGGUGGUGGUGGUGGAGGGGGUCCGGUGGGCGAAGUGGACUUUAUAGACACGCUCGUGGGCCCCACAGGGGACGACUGGCUCAACAACCUCACGAUGAUCGACGAGUACCUUGAACAGAACUCGUAGUCAUUGGGCAUCGCUCUCUUUUUGGUGUUGUUGUUGUUGAGGUUGUUGCGGAGCGUCACUUCAAAAACUGAAGACACUUGUUGUGAUGUAUACAUGUUGCUGGAGCAGGACAGAGACACAAAGACUACCCCUCAAUCAUAUGUAAAGCAUUAUUUCAUCAUCUGCUCAUGUCAUUCCAGCUGUUUCUCUACGUCUCUGUACCAAACAGGUCUUGCUAUUCUAGGGAGUAGCGUGGCUGGGCAUGUGUGCGAUGGCCAGCCUCUCUCUCACAGUCACCUCCUCCCACAAUUUCACACGCUCACUGUUUUAUACAGUACAAGGUGCAGUUUCAGUCAUAUGUAGGUUUUGAAAGGGGUGGCAGUCCUCCCCUCUCAACACAAAAUGCACUAAAAAUCCUAUGAGGAAUUAGCAACCAUGCUGCCGACAUUCAUUGUGUGCAUACAAGCUAGUCCCAGUGCCAUCCGUAAUAGUAAUUGGGUGAGAGGAUACUUUGAAAUUAAUUUGGCCAAAAAAAGCAGUCGGCAAUCCUACCUAAUCACCAAACGCACUGGCAGAUUUUAAUUGGUGACACCGAAUUUCUUCGCUUGGUUACAGCUUCAUGUAAAUUAGAGUAGCCAUAGUUACUAAUUGGCCAAUGGGGGCACAGCAAUCUGGCUUGCCACUGUUGCCGUGGUAAUAUCCAUCACAUUUCCAACCAGGAAGCUGCGUGCUGUAAUGGCUGUUCAUGUAAGGGGGCUUGCACUGUAUAUAUAGUAACAUAUUUUGUAAAAUAGUUUCUUUUUCAUAAGCUGUAACAUAAAAAAGUAAAAGCAUAUUUAUACUCCCUUUUCUUGCAAAAAAAUGUUUGGUUUCCUUUGUAAAUAAAUACAAAAAUGGAAUAAAUAUGGCAAAAAAAAACAUGAUCUGGUAAAGAGCGAUGCAAAAAAGAACUUGAAAUUAUAGCAAGAACAUUAAUUGGUUUUGCAUUAAGAGAAUCUAAUUGUGAUUUGAUUUGAAAAAUAUGAAACUAGUUAGUCCCCCCCCCCCUCAGUAAUACUGUGUAUUACAAAUGAAAUAUUUGUUAUGUUUUUGACAUAACUCAGAUCCUGGUACUUGAGUGUGACCCAGGGUGUUCUCCUUGGUUUUCUUUCCGUCAUUUUUUUGUUCAUGAGAAUGAGAACACACAUUUUUGCCACCUACCAGUACACCAUUGUUGUGAAACUAUUACAACACUACAAGGCUACUUCAUAUCCCACCACACCCAAGCAACAGGGCUGGACUUCGGGGAGAAAUAGGACCUGGGCACUUUUGGCUUAAAGGGGCCCCUCAUAAUUAGCAGCGCAGAACAGACUCAGCGGUGGGCCUCACAAAUUCAUGGGCUUCUUUUUUCAGAAACAUAAAAAAAACAAUGUGGGUUUUUUUUUACAUUUCUGAAAAUAGGGGCCCACGAGGAUGCGGGGCCCACCGGGAAAUGCUCACUAUGCCAGAUGGCCAGUCCAGCCCACCCAACCAACCACAACAACAACAUACAGUACUCCGUUCCUGCCCUCUGCACCAGAAUUGUCCCUUUAUGGUUCCUGUUGAACGGCCAUUUAUCAGACAAUGCCACAGACACCAGUCUUGCUGUCUCCUGUUUGGCAGUGGCAUCGGAAAAGCAUGGCAGUUAUAUGGGACGUCUGUCUGUCCGCGACAUACUGCAGUUGCUGCAGAGUAGAGGUGGGAUCAGGGAUGCUGACAGGCUUGGCCUGGCCCAGGACCAAGUCAUUUGUAACCGCCCCCCACACUCUAUACAUAUAAUGUAAUAGGGACACAAUUCUGGGACCCCUCUGACUGCCUGAGCCCGGGUCGUCUGGCCCCUUUGUCUCUCCCAUGUCAGCAUCCCUGGGGUGAAUUUCUCAAAAGAGAAGUUGUUAGCCUGUUAGCAACUUCGGUAGUUGCCAAUGGGAAAAUGCAUUGAAAACAACAAAGUAGCUAAUGUAGUAAGCAACUUCGGUUUCGAGAAAUUCACCGCUGGGUUGUAUUAUGGAGGACUUGCUGAGUGAUGAGAGCAGGGUUAAUGGCUGGUGUGGUGUGGUGU